AUGGUGAAAUUACCUCAAAGCCCAUGAUUCUGUUCCUGGGGCUGAGCGUUGGAAAGUCCUCAAUGAUCAACUACCUGCUCGGUCUCCAUGGCACCUCACAGGAGCUUUACACAGGAGCUGAGCCUACCACGUCAGAGUAUACAGUCAUCAUGCAUGGUGAAAAGUUCCGUACUGUUGAGGGUAUCGUCAUGGCAGCAGAUAGCUCGCGGUCAUUCUCGCCCCUGGAAAAGUUUGGACAGGGAUUUUUGGAACGGCUGGUGGGAAUUGAGAUGCCUCACAAACUUCUGGAAAGGGUCACUCUGGUCGACACACCUGGGAUCAUUGAAAACCGAAAACAGCAAGAGAGAGGUUACCCCUACAAUGAAGUGUGCCAGUGGUUCAUAGACCGUGCCGAUCUGAUCUUCUUGGUGUUUGACCCCACAAAACUGGAUGUGGGCGGAGAACUGGAGAUGCUCUUUAGGCAAAUGAAGGGCAGAGAGUCCCAACUGCGUCUGAUUCUGAACAAGGCCGACACAGUGUCCACCCAGGACCUGAUGAGGGUGUAUGGGGCUCUGUUUUGGAGUAUGGCUCCUCUGGUCAAUGUGACUGAACCUCCGCGGGUGUAUGUCAGCUCCUUCUGGCCUCUGGACUACACUGGAGACACCAGCCGAGAACUGUUCAUGAAGGAGGAGAUCUCUCUGCUUGACGACCUCAAUCAGGUCAUUGAAAACCAACUGGAAAACAAAAUAGCCUUCAUCCGUCAGCAUGGUAUUAGAGUACGUAUUCACGCUCUGCUGGUGGACCGCUACCUCCAGACCUACUAUGACAAGCUGGGCUGGUUCAGUGAUCCUUAUGAGGUUUUACAUGACAUUGUGAGUGAUCCCGAUAAAUAUUACAUCUUCAAGUCUAUUCUGGCCAAGACCAACAUCAGCAAGUUCGACUUACCUGACAAGGAGGCCUACGAGGACUUCUUCGGUGUGAAUCCAAUGGCCAACUUUAAGCAGCUGUCAUACCACUGCAGCUGGAGUGGUGGAUGUCUGCUGGACAAACUGGAGAAGGCUAUCUCACAUGAUCUCCCAGCUCUCCUCAACAGCAUCAACACCACCCCUGAUACGCCACCCCCUCCCAAACAGGCCCCAGCUCCACCCCCACCUUUCCCCGGGACAUGUGAGGGUCCCAGCUGUGAGGAGAAGCCUAAAAAACCGAUGGAGGAGACAGUGAGAGGAACUAUGCUCUGUGAUCAGCAACUCACAGAAGAAGAAGAAUAUUGGACAAUGUUGUCAUAAAAAUGUAGCUGCACUCUUUUUCAAUCAAUGGGAUAUUUUACGCAUAAUUAAAAGUUGACAAAGUAAAUUAAAUAUUUUAUUAUUUAUUUAUAGUAAAAUUUUACUCACACACAAACUUAGACAAGCUUAGAAAAAUAUAAAAUGUGAAUGAAAUAGAAGCUGUUGCUUGCUUAUGAAACUAUAUUUGUACAAUUUCUGUCACUCCUGUUGAGCGAAAUGGCACCAUGAAGUUUUAUGUUCUGUACAUUUGUUUAAGUAUGAGGGUGUUAAUAUUUCCACUCAGCAAAUCUGUUUAAUAUUGUAGCGGAUAUUGUGUUUGUGUUUGGUCAUAUGAAUGCUUUUCAUGCGUUAUUUGUGGUUGAAGCAUUAUGCCUUGUGAUAUCAACAUUGUAGACAAAUUAUUUUGUCACAAAAUCACUGUAAAGCAUGCAACACAUCUGCAAGUUUCCAAUCCAAAUAGUAACACUUAAGUGUUAUUUAAGAACAAGCUAUGUAUUUUGGACUUCUCUUUUGAGUAAACAGGAACCAGAUCUAGUGGGUUUGUGAUUAUUAUGUAUUAUUUUAAUAUUAUUUCUUUUUUAAUUAUUAUUUUACAUCCCUCCAAUAUUGCAAAUGUAUAACUAAAUAAUUACUGAUGAUACAGAUGAGACCCUUAUUUGGUUUCAUGAUUUGGUGGACCACCUAGAUCAUAUGCACAGAGUAGCCACCAGGUGGCGCCUUGGUUCAUUUUAUUACCAAUAUUUUCCAGGGUCAUAACGAUGUCAUUAACAAUGCAAUCCCACCCUAAACUAAUAACAAUUGUAUUAUAUGUUGUUGAAGCACGUUUUCUGUUUUAUUAAUUACUUAAUAUCAUUAGACAUAUACGCUUAAAAAAGCAACAAAUUAUAAAAUAUGUAUUAUCUCAGUUAUGAGUUAAUUAGGAAGCUCAGACCCCAUCAAUUGAUUAAAGUAAGAAAUAUCAUUAA